UCUAGCCUAAAAAACAACAACAACACGCAAUGGAUCCGACGAUGAGCAGAGAGUGUUGAAUAAUUGUGAAUUAAGAGGAAGGUUGUUCACGAGAGCCACAGUUUGAUAGGAAAGAAGCCUAUGGAUAACCAUGAAGACAAACAAAUCUGAUAGAUUAGGAUUACAGUUCAGAGAUGUGAAUGUGAAGGUGGAAGUCAACCACAUCCUCAAGAAUGUAUUUGGUGGAGUGGAGCCUGGACAGUUCAUGGCCGUCAUGGGUCCAAGUGGGGCAGGAAAGACAACUCUGAUGAAUUGUCUGGCUGGGAGAUCCCCAGUUACCUCAGGGGAGAUAACAAUUGGAGGCCUGAAACUGACAAAAGAUUUGCGACGACGUGUUUGCUAUGUGCUGCAGGAGGAUGCAUUCUUUCCAAAGCUGACAUUGCAGGAAACGCUGUGGUUUGUUGCGAUGAUUAGACUUCCAGAAGAUAUACCUGAACAAGAGAAGCUGAAAAAACUUGAUUCUCUCAUUGAUGACUUGGAUCUUCGGAAAUGCCUUAGUACUCCCAUGGGAGGUAUGUGGUUACCUGGAUUGUCUGGUGGGGAAAUAAAGCGAGCCAGCAUCGCCUGUGAGCUGAUCACAGAUCCCAACAUUAUAUUACUAGAUGAGCCCACGUCUGGUCUGGACUAUAAGACUGCUUACAGUCUAAUACGGCUACUGAAGACGUACGCCAGUCGCCACCAGAAAACAGUCGUAGCAACCAUCCACCAGCCUUCCAGCCAGAUGUUCUUCCAGUUUGACUUGUUGCUCCUAAUGUCUGGAGGAGAAACUCUGUUUUAUGGCCCCCCAAGAGAGAUAGGAAGUUUCUUCAGCACUGCCGGUUUCCCUAUUGCUCACCAUUACAAUCCUGCAGAUUUCAUGUUAGAAAAAGUGAAGGAGACAGCUGAAGUCAAAGAAAAGCUUGUCCAAGUCUCCUAUGACACCAGGACGAUUUUCACGCCAGAUGGUCAAGACUUAGAUCAUAGAACAGUGAGAACAUGGAACAGGUUGCUAUGGAAACCCAAGACCUCAACAUUCACAGAAACUAACAAUGAUACUACAGACGUAGAAGCCAAUUUAGUUGAAAGCAAAGCUACAUCAAAAUCUCACAGCGGACCAAAAUGGGCGACAGGAUUUGCAACUCAGUACAAGAUUCUCACGCAGCGGGCAUUCAAGUUGUCUCGCUCCAACAUGUUGGACAAGUUCCGACUGUUUGAGACAGCUUUUCUGUGUGCUAUGCUGAGUCUGAUAUGGUUUCAACUCCAGCGAAGUGAGGAGACAUUAUCAGACCGGAUGGGACUGAUUUAUUACAUAUCGAUGCACUGGGGGUUUACACCACUAUUUAAUGCCAUUACAUCCUUUCCAGCAGAGAGAGUGGUUAUAUACAAGGAGCGUUCAUCCAGCUGGUAUCGUCUCUCUGCGUACUACCUAGCCAAGAUGACGUGCGACCUCCCCUCAAUUCUCGUAGAGCCUUUACUCUUCCUUACUGUUGUCUACUGGGUCACAGGGCUUAACAAUGUUGUCUCUUUCUUUGCCACCAUAGGGACCAUUUUUGUGCAUACCAUUGUUGGCCAGAGUAUAGGUUUGUGUAUUGGGAUAUACGCAAUGGACAUGAGUCGUGGCAUUUCCUUGGGAACUAUCUGCAUUAUGUUCAUCAUGCUCAUAGGUGGUUUUUACGCUCGCCAUCUACCGUUCUGGCUAGAGUGGGCCAAGUACCUGGCAUUCUUGCAUUACACAUUCCACGCUCUGAUGUACUUGGAGUUCUAUCAGGCUGCUGACCUGCAGUGCUCCCAGUUAACCAAUUCAACCAAGUCCCAUUUUGACUCAUGUAACCAUAGCAACCAGACUACCUUGGCAACCUUUCCAGCACAUGAUGCCUUGAGAUACUACAACAUCAACCAGCCUUUCUGGCAGUAUUUCCUGCCCCUCCUGGCAUUCUUUGGAUUCUUUCGUGUGCUUGGUUACAUGUUGUUAAGGUUUUAUCAAAAGCCCAACAAAAUGUGAGAUUUUUAUAAAGUAACGUUGAAAAUUACAAAUAUCUCAUUCUUUUUAUGCCCCCUUUCGAAGAAAAGGGGGUAUAAAGUUUUCGCACUGUCCAUCUGUCUGUCUGUCUGUAAGUCUGUCUGUCACACUUUUUGUGUCCGCUCUCUAAUUCAAAUAGUUUUCAUCCGAUCUUUACGAAACUUGGUCAGAAGUUGUAUCUAGACAAUAUCUAGGUCAAGUUCGAAUAUGGGUCAUGCGGGGUCAAAAACUAGGUCACGGGGUCGAAAAAACAAAUCCAAGUGAAGUAAUAAGCUUUAAAUGGACAUAAUUAUCUGAUCUGCCAAAUUAUAUAUUUUUGUUAAAUAAAUCAAAGCGGCGCAUUAGGCGGCAUUGUGUUUCUGACAAACACAUCGUGGUAAAAGGUCAAGUUUAUCGUUCAAGGUCUAAGGUCAAAAGUACAAAUCCAAGGGAAGUUAUAAGCUUUAAAGGGAGAUAAUUAUUCAAUAUUGAACAUAGCAACUUGAUAUUUGUCAUGCAUGUGUAUUUCAUGGAGCUCCACAUUUUGAGUGGUGAAUCUACAGUCACGAGUGGCUUUUAAUUAUUUGCUACUAAAAUAGAGAUUGUUAGAGACAAUUAUUUUCAAGGGAAGUAAUUAAUAUAAUUAUAAAUCUCAGAUUAUAUAUAUUUCCUUACCAAGAAUAUAAGUUCUUUUCACAGUUACUGUACAGACUUUUUAUUUUAAUGAUUUAAAACUCAAAUGAUUGAUUUGUCAAAGGUUUUUAUAAAUGAUAUAAUUAUCAUUUCUUUCCUGUAAUAAUUUGUGAAUGGUAGGGUUCAUUAGAUACCUGUGGAUUUAUGUCCAUAGAUUCAUGAUGAACUCUGGCUAUGAUCUCUUUGAUAAACCACAGGCCUUGGUUGUCAGUGAUGUCUGCAGACCCCCCCCCCCCCCCCCAUCCGGUUGAAUUGGACAACAUCCAAGGGAAGUAAUAAGCUUUAAAGGGAGAUGAUUUCUAUACCUGCCAAAUGAUAAAUAAAUUUUUUAUUUCAAAGCAGCGCAGUAAGGGCAUUGUGUUUCUGACGAACACAUGUCUUGUUUACGUAUACA